AAAAAUCGUUAAUGAAAAGAAUAUUUUGCGUGAAAUAUAUUUAGUGAAAAAUUCAUUCGGAGUGUGUUUCAGUUACAUCCCGUUGUAGUUACUAAUAAAAGGUACGGUAAAGGUAAGCAUACACAUAUGUAUAUGGGCUUGGGCACCAUAAAUGGCCCCAUGACUUGGCCAAGUUAAGUAGUGUCAACAAGCCCCAGGCACUUGCCAAUAAUUGUGCGCAGCAGUCCGCCCUCAGGUGUCACCGGUUCUGACACUAAGCAAACACUCGACAAAGAGGAUGUCAGCCGACCUACACCCUUAGAGCGUGAGUCCAGUGUCCUAUUGUUGGCUACACAAUCUCAGCCAGAGGUUCAGUAACUCCUGACAUGGCGACGACGCUGCAGCUAAUUAUGCUAACCCUCGUGGGAGGCACCGCUGCUCAAGCCAAUAGCACGGACUUCACGCUGGUUCUGGCUUCGAUUUUGGGGCAGCUGGAGGGUGGCCUUGAACUCCACCUAAGAAGUCCUGCAGACGGAAACAACGACCUGAUCCAGUUUCUGAUGACGACGGGAGCGAUCUCUCUUAAAAUUCGUCUGAAUCAGGACGACGAGCCUCCGACAGCGGAACUUUGCCGUCACAAUUUAUAUUUGUUUGAAAAUGUGCAGCAAAUGCAAGGAAUCCUAAACCACUUGCUCGACACAGAAGGCUUUUACAUACUGGCUUUGGAAAGCUAUACACCUGUUGAUGACGAACCUUUAGUGGACUUUAUGGGCAAGGUCUGGCUCCAACAUGGACACAGUCGGGUUUACUACGCUCAGUUGAAUAUGGGACGGAUUGUGCUCUACAAUCCUUUCAAGCAAAUGGUAGUGUUGGUUCGAGGUCCCAAAACGUAUACCACAAUCUACAAAAAUUUGGCCGGCCAUCCCUUGAGAAUAUACAUCUUCGACUCGGUUUACUCCAGUGUAACGGGCGAUGGCGAAAGCCAUAAGGUAGUGAGCGUGAAUGGGGCGGAUGCAAAGCUGGCCAAGAUCGUGGCCAGGCAGUUGAACUUCACGUCCGAUUACCUCUGGCCGGAUGACGAGUUCUUUGGAGGUCGCCUGGCGGAUGGAUCGUAUAGCGGCGGCGUGGGUCGGGCCCACCGUGGCGAGGUGGACAUCAUCUUCGCGGGAUUCUUCGUCAAGGACUACCUCACCUCCCGCAUCCAGUUCAGCGCAGCCGUCUACAUGGACGAGCUCUGCCUGUAUGUGCAAAAGGCCCAAAGGAUCCCGCAGUCCAUCCUGCCCCUCUUCGCUGUGCACGCGGAUGUGUGGCUCUGCUUCCUGUUGGUGGGCCUCCUUGCGUCCCUGGUCUGGCUCCUUUUGCGGACUCUCAACGUUGCCCUCCGCAUCGAACGCAUACCAGAUGACUCCCAGACGGGAAUAGGUUACCUUGCAGAGGCUCGUCGCAUUUUCAUCGACACCUGGGUCGUUUGGGUGCGAGUGAACGUGGGCCGCUUUCCGCCUUUCCACUCGGAGCGCAUCUUCGUGGCUUCCCUGUGCCUGGUGAGCGUGAUCUUCGGAGCUCUGCUUGAAUCCAGUUUGGCUACAGUGUACAUACGACCUCUUUACUACCGCGAUGUCAACACCUUGAGGGAACUGGAUGAGUCCGGCCAACCAAUCUACAUCAAGCAUCCUGCCUUCAGGGACGACCUCUUCUAUGGCCACGACUCGGAGGUCUAUCGGCGGCUGGAUGCAAAGAUGAUGCUGGUCGCCGAAGGCGAAGAGCGCCUUAUUGAAAUGGUGUCCAAGAGAGGCGGGUUUGCGGGAGUAACCCGCUCGGCCAGCUUGGAGCUGAGCGACAUUCGCUACGUGAUGACCAAGAAGGUGCACAAGAUUGCCGAGUGCCCCAAGAACUAUCAUAUCGCCUACGUCCUGCCACGCCCCUCUCCGUACUUGGAAGAUGUUAACCGCAUCGUGCUGCGCCUGGUGGCUGGAGGAAUCGUGGGCUUGUGGACGGGGGAGGCGAAGGAGCGAGCCAAGUGGCGCAUCCAGCGAUUCCCCGAGUACCUGGCCGAGCUGGACGCCGGCCGGUGGAAGGUGCUCACCCUGUCCGACGUCCAGCUGGCCUUCUACGCCCUCACCAUAGGAUGUCUAAUGUCGGCUGCUGUGUGUCUGGCGGAGAUCUUCCCGGGUCGCAAGAAGAAGUUUGAACUCAAAAAUGACAAAUUGUCCCAUAGCUUAUAGAUUUCUUGAUGUUAUUAAACGCUCACCUUGAACAUUGCCCCUGACCAAGGUGUCUG